CGCGCGCUUCCUCCUCCGCGGGGCAGCUGUCCGCCGCCGGAGGGGCGGGCUGGCGGGCGGCGCUCCCCGCCCGGCCCCCGGCCAGCCCCCGGCGCGCCGCCCGCCCGGACCGCGGUAUUUAUGCCAGCGGCGCGGGCCGCGAGCCGAGCCCAGCGGACGCCGUCGCGGAGAGGUCGUGCGCUGAGAGCCGCACCGCGGAGCGACGAGCGGGGACCAGGUUUAUAGGAGCAGAAACCACCCCCGUCCUCGCAGAGCGGGCGCCCGGAGCAUCAUGGAUGUCACUGGCCUCAGACUCAGGCUGUCCCGGGCGGGGCAGGAGCACCUGCUGCAGUUCUGGGACGAGCUGGACGAGGCCCAGCGGGAGGAGCUCUACGCAGAGCUCCAGGCCAUGGACUUUGAGGAGCUGAACGUCUUCUUCCAGAAGGCCACGGAAGGGUUCGGCCAGUCCUCUCGGCUGGAGAAGGUGGACGCGCGGAUGGAGCCUGUGCCCCGGGAGGUGCUGGGCAGCGCGACGCGGGACCAGGAGCAGCUCCAGGCCUGGGAGAGCGAAGGGCUUUUCCAGAUCUCCCAGAGCAAGGUGGCCGUCCUCCUCCUGGCCGGCGGGCAGGGGACCCGGCUCGGCGUGGCCUACCCCAAGGGCAUGUACGACGUGGGCCUGCCGUCCCGCAAGACCCUGUUCCAGAUCCAGGCGGAGCGCAUCCUGAAGCUGCAGCAGCUGGCCGAGAAGUGCUGGGGCCGCCCGUGCACCAUCCCCUGGUACAUCAUGACCAGCGGCCGGACGAUGGAGUCCACCCGGGAGUUCUUCGCCAGGCACCGGCACUUCGGCCUGCGGGCGCAGGACGUCGUCUUCUUCCAGCAGGGCAUGCUGCCGGCCCUGAGCUUCGACGGCAAGGUCAUCCUGGAGGAGAAGCACAAGGUCUCCAUGGCUCCAGACGGGAACGGCGGCCUGUACCGGGCGCUGGCGGCGCAGCGCGUGGUGGAGGACAUGGAGCGGAGGGGCGUGGCGGCCGUGCACGUGUACUGCGUGGACAACAUCCUGGUGCGGGUGGCAGACCCGCGGUUCGUCGGGUUCUGCCUGCAGAAGGGCGCGGACUGCGGGGCGAAGGUGGUGGAGAAGACGAACCCCACGGAGCCCGUGGGCGUGGUGUGCCGCGUGGACGGCGUGUACCAGGUGGUGGAGUACAGCGAGAUCUCGCUGGCCACGGCGCAGCGGCGGGGCCCGGACGGGCGGCUGCUGUUCAGCGCGGGGAACAUCGCCAACCACUUCUUCACCGUGCCGUUCCUGAGGGACGUGGUCAGCGUGUACGAGCCCCGGCUGCAGCACCACGUGGCUCAGAAGAAGAUCCCCUACGUGGACCCCCAGGGCCGGCUCGUCAGGCCCGACAAGCCGAACGGAAUCAAGAUGGAGAAGUUCGUCUUCGACAUCUUCCAGUUCGCCAAGAGGUUCGCGGUGUUCGAGGUGCUGCGCGAGGACGAGUUCUCGCCGCUGAAGAACGCCGACAGCCAGGACGGCAAGGACACGCCCACCACGGCGCGGCACGCCCUCAUGUCCCUGCACCACUGCUGGGUGCUCAACGCCGGCGGCCACUUCGUGGACGAGAACGGCUCCCGCCUGCCCGCGAUUCCCCGCGCCGCUGCGAGCCGACAGCCCGAGGCCGGCACAGCCGAUGUCAGUGACAACUUGAAGGAUGCCAAUGACGUCCCGAUCCAGUGCGAAAUCUCUCCCCUCGUCUCCUACGCCGGAGAAGGCCUGGAGAGCCACGUGGCCAACAGGGAGUUCCACGCGCCCCUGGUCAUCGAUGAGCACGGCGUCCACGAGCUGGUGAAGAACGGGCUGUGAGGGGCCGCGUCCUCCAGCGCAGGGGACGCCUCCCCCGCCGACGGCCGCCGGGACCCUCCGGGACCCCCUCCCAGCCUCACACUGGAGCAGCCGCCCCACCUUCGCCGUGUCCACGUGCUGGACUUCAGAAAGGGUGUCCACGGUUCUCCUCUCCUUGGAGGUCUUAUUUAUAUCCUUCAGUCAGGCAGGCAGUGUUCGUUCCCCAGGCCCAGGAGAACGUCAGCUUGUGGAGGGCCCGGGCGCACGGCGCGGCCCUGCCGGGGGGCCGGGGUGUCAGGUCUGCGCCCUGCUGGGUGGUCCCAUGCUCUGUGCACCCAGGAAGGUUUCCACGGUACCGAACCUUUGUUUUAUUUUAUCAAAAGUGAACUUUCUAAAGAAAACAACUGGACAGUAAAAUAAACUCUUUUUGUUUCUGGAG